UUUUUAUUUGUGGUUUAUGUCUGAUCGUAUAAAAAUAGUAAAGACGUCCAGGAAUUAUCACAGUCCGUAAAUAAGUGAGAAGUGAUUUAGAUUGUAUUUAAAUGAUGGCAUCUCUACUUCAAGCUUGUGCUUUAUUUUUAUUAAUAUCCAUAUGUCGAGCCAAUAAACCGACAAUAGAACCAUCGGAGCCAUUUGUUGUUAUAAAUGAAGGCGAUGAGUUGGUUAUUAACUGUCAUAGUACCGAAGGCAUAGAAUUUUACACUGAUCUAGAUCAUCCUAAAGAAGCUUCUAUGAAAGUUGACCAAUUAGGAUUAACGGAAAAUUCAUUUUCACGUGGUAUUAGAAAAUCAAAAGCAGUUAUUGGUGAUAGUGGAUGGUACGGUUGCGCAAAUACAGAUGUCGAAGUUGAUACAAGUCAACAUGAUCAACAAGAUGUGACAUGGAUUUAUGUGAAUGUCAAAUCUAAAAAACCUCUGAUGGAACCGAAAGGUUCUGCAAUCUCAUUGACUGAAGGUGCCCGAUUGUUAAUCAAAUGCAGCAGUAAUCAACAAAUGACCUUUUACACUAAUUUAGACCACCCUGAAAAAGCCUCUGAAAUUAUUGGAGAAGAAAAAGCAAUAGGUGACAAUGCAUUCACACAAAGUCUAGAAAAAAAAUCAGUCGUUCCAGAGGAUAGUGGAUGGUACGGGUGUGCAGCUAAUGACGUCAUAGUCGAUCCAGAGAGAUUCGAUCAACUAGAAGUCAAAUGGACUUACGUUAGCGUUAAACCUAAAAAACCCCCGAUGGAACCAUCAGGACCAAUUCUCAAUCUAAAGGAAGGCGAGGAAUUGAUUCUUGAAUGCCGAAGUUAUCAAGACAUGUCUUUUUACUCUGUCCUAGAUAAUCCUGACCAAGAGUCUCAAAGUACUCAAGAAAAUUCUGCAAUCUUUGAGGGUGCCCAUACUUCCGCUUUAAAAAAGAAGUCAGUAGUCCCGGGUGACAGUGGAUGGUAUGGUUGCGCAUACAGUGACGUAAAAGUUGAUACAAGUAAUCGCGAUCAGCCGGAGGUUAAUUGGAUUAAUGUUAUCGUUAAACCUAAAGCUUGAUCCAAUUACGCAAAUUUAAUGAUUCGAAUAUUCCUGUACUUUCAAUUUUUAUCAAUAAAUUUUAAUUGUUUGUUUUCAAUGCCAUAAAA